UGGGGGCGGAACGGGGCGGGACGACCCUUAAUAAGGCUCGGAGGCCACUGGGCCUGCGCUCACACCGCCGCCGCUAGCGCGCCAGGGUCGUCUUCUACGCCAUAGGCAUGCCGCCCUACACCAUUGUCUACUUUCCAGUUCGAGGGCGCUGCGAGGCCAUGCGCAUGCUGCUGGCUGACCAGGGCCAGAGCUGGAAGGAGGAGGUGGUGACCAAGGAGACCUGGAUGCAGGGUCAGCUCAAGGCCUCUUGUUUGUACGGGCAGCUCCCCAAGUUCCAGGACGGAGACUUCACCCUGUACCAGUCCAAUGCCAUCCUGCGUCACCUGGGCCGCUCCCUCGGGCUGUAUGGGAAGGACCAGCGGGAGGCAGCCCUGGUGGACAUAGCGAACGACGGCGUGGAGGACCUCCGCUGCAAAUACGCCACCCUCAUCUACACCAACUAUGAGGCGGGCAAGGAUGAUUAUGUGAAGGCGCUGCCGGGGCACCUGAAGCCUUUCGAGACCCUGCUGUCCCAGAACCAGGGAGGUCAGACCUUCCUCGUGGGCAACCAGAUCUCCUUCGCGGACUAUAACCUGCUGGACUUGCUGCUGAUCCACCAGGUCCUGGCCCCAAACUGCCUGGAUGCCUUUCCUCUGCUCUCGGCCUAUGUGGCUCGCCUCUGCGCCCGACCCAAGCUCAAGGCCUUCUUGGCCUCUCCUGAGCAUGUGAACCUCCCCAUCAAUGGCAACGGGAAACAGUGAGGGCCUCGGCUGGAGCAGGGACUGCUCACCUCCCUCUCCUCAGGACCAAUAAAAUUUCCAAGAGCGAA